GUUCAGCUUGAACGCCGACCAUAAAUUGUUUAUUUAAUGACCUUAGUUGUUAGUUCACCAAACGACAUCACGUUAAAUGACGUGACUGUGAUGUUAUUAUCGUAAUAUACGCUGUACAGUUAGUUCCAUUUAAUUAUCAAUCAUGACGGAUCGUCGACAAAUACGAGAAGCAACCCGGAUUUUUAUUUUGUGUGUUUUCUGGUAUCUCAUUUCGUCUAGCAACAAUGUUAUUGGGAAAUUGGUGUUAAAUGAAUUUCCUUAUCCAAUGACUUUAACAAUGGUUCAACUGCUCUCCAUUUCACUUUACUCUGGACCCCUUCUAAAAUGCUGGAAUAUACGUCCAGGUUUGCAAAGCAGUUUUUCCAAGGAUUAUUAUUGGAAAUUAAUCAUCCCAUUGGCAUUUGGAAAAUUCCUUUCAUCUGUGUUCUCUCAUAUCAGCAUUUGGAAGGUUCCUGUUUCCUUUGCCCAUACAGUGAAAGCAUCAAUGCCACUUUUCACUGUGGUCCUAUCCAGGGUUCUUAUGGGAGAGAAACAAACCUUGCCUGUUUAUUUAUCUCUGAUUCCAAUCAUCAUGGGAGUGGCGGUAGCUACCGUUACCGAAAUAUCCUUCGAUCUGGUCGGAAUGUGGAGUGCAUUGAUAGCGACGUGCGGUUUCAGCCUCCAAAAUAUUUUUAGUAAAAAAGUGUUACACGACACAGGGGUUCAUCAUUUGAGACUCCUUCACAUGCUAGGCCAGCUUGCCCUUUUGAUGUUCACUCCAGUGUGGGCAAUCUUUGAUUUGUGGAACAUCAUCCAACAUGUAAACAUUAAACAAGACGCUAACAUGUUCAUGAUUUUCAUCUACCUAUUUGCUGAUGGAUUGCUAAAUUGGCUACAGAAUGUAGUGGCCUUCAGUUUACUUCAUUUAGUUACGCCACUGACAUACGCCGUGGCCAAUGCAUCCAAACGAAUUGCGGUGAUUAGCUUUUCGCUGUUUAUGUUACGUAAUCCAGUAACGUCAACCAAUGUAGCAGGCAUGGCCCUAGCCAUCUUUGGCGUACUUUACUACAAUAAGGCAAAGUACGAUGCCAACUUACAAAAGAAGAAAUUUACUGUUUUACCGCUCGUUAAUCAUAGCAACGGGGGAGUGUCAGUUGGUCACAGAUUUGCCCUUAAUCGCUUCCAGCACAUAUAAUGUACACAGUUUAAAUACAAAAGUUAUCACUA